AAAUGGCGGCCCUGUGAAAACUGUGUUUGUUCGCUGUCGCCGAUUGGAUAUAUUGACUGUUUUGCCGUUCUUAGCAGGAACGCCAUGUCUAUGUUCCGAAAGCCAAACCGCAAAGUCCGCCAAAGGUUGGCUCACUCUGACAGCGAGGAUGAAGAGUCUCAUGAUUGCCUUUUAAAGACCCGUGAGGAACGUAAAAAGGAAAAGGACAAAGAUGAUCGAGCCAGUAAUACCAAGACACUACUCAGCUUUGGAGUCGGCGAUGAAGAGGCUGAAGGCGGAGAAGUUUUCAAGGUAAAAAAGUCCAGCUACUCACGGCGAAUCGCAAAGGAAUUAGAAAAGGAGCGUAAAGAACGUAAACGGAAAGAUGACAGCAAAAACAAUGAACAAGAUCAGAAUCCAUUAGAUGGACAGCUGUCAGCGAUGGUUCAGAGUUCUGACGCUGACGGACGCGAUGAAGGCUCGGGAACCCCGGCCGGAAGCAUGAUUGUCAGGGAGAUCCCGCUUUCAACCAGUGACAUCGACAUACGUGUUAAGAAUACUGAUUUUAAGGUGUUAAACUCAGAAGAACUGGAAAGCGUCAAAGCAGAAAUGAAAACUGAUAUUUAUGAACGCGAUGCAGAGAGCGGAGGAAGCGAUGGAGAAUCUUUUAAUGGCCGGCAACGUACUGGAACGGGACCGCGCCCUAACCGGGAUCGUGUAUCAAAGGUUUUUGAACGAGGGGCUAUACCGGAUGCGGCCACAAUUUUUGCUCUUAAGAAACAACGUCAACAAGCGGCAGCAGGUCGACGAGGCGCGGACGAAUUCAUACCGUUAAAGGAGCACAACAAUUCAAAUGAUAAUUUCAGUCAAAAUAACAAUAAUCCCUUAUCGGAAGGUAGACGUCUUCGCGACGGCAGCGAAGAUGAUGAUGAUGACAGUGUAGGUGAAGAGGGUCGAGUGAACUUCAGUGAUAUUCGCUCAGGAAAACGUGAUGAUAUGAUGAGACAGGCGCUAAGUGGAUCUCGAGCGGGAGCAGCAGCUCCAGAUGACAACAAUCCUGACGAGACAGACCGAUGGGAAAAAGAGCAAAUACGAAAAGGCGUAGCCACCCUGUCGAGCGCACAAGACUUUUCGCGUUCACCGUCCCCGAAUCCGGAGGAUAGAGAUCGCGUAAGUGCACUACCUCCCGUCCACAUCCCUACGGAUAAAUCAAAUAUGACCAUCACUUCUAUUGUGGAUCGAGUACGAAAUCGUUUGGAAACGGUGCAGGAGAUUAUGGAACGUUCUCAAAGGCAACGAUCAAGUACAGAUACUGAAUUGACGGUUUGCGUUGAGACUAUCCAGCGAUUAGAAAAAGAGAUGCCCCGCCUCGAGAAGGCGUUCCGUUUCUAUCAGGAGAUGAGAACUUACUCGAUGGACCUUAUCGAGUGUUUUGAUUCGAAAAUGCCUAUUAUAAACGCGCUUGAAGGCCGUCUAUUGAGUGCGUUAGCCCAACGGGCGGAAAAAAGGAUGGACAGAAGGCGACAAGAUGUUAAAGAUCAAGCGGAAGAGGUCCGGCCAGGAGCAAUUAUUGACUCAGCAGCUAAGAAGCGUGCUAGAGAGCGGGAAGGUCGGCGGGUGCGCCGGAAAACUGCGCGGCAAACCAGUGGUGUCGCCAAACACAAUGAGGGAGUGUCGUCAGAUGAUGAAGAAGCUGAAACAGAACGACGACAACUGGCCUCACACCGCGAGCAGGUUCUUGCUGAUGGUUCGCACGUGUUUGAUGAUGUUCACGAUGAUUUCAGUCAGUUAAAGAUCGUGUUAAACCAAUUCGAAAACUGGAAACUAUAUUUCAACGAAUCGUACCAGGAGGCUUACAUUCCAAUUUGUGUGCUCAAGUUAGUUAUACCGUUUGUCCGAUUGGAGAUGUUAGCAUGGAACCCGCUAGAAAACCCAGAAGCGAUUGAGAAGUAUGAAUGGUACAAGGAACUGCUGUUUUACGGACAGAAAGUUGAAGAUAAAGACGAAAGUGAUUUUAGUAUCAUUCCUAAGGUGGUAGAACGAGCGGUUUUACCAAAGUUGAGUCAGUAUGUUGAACGAGUAUGGGAUCCCAUGUCGGCAAGUGAAACAAGAAAUCUUGUACGAUGCAUAAGGAAACUAGCAGAUGACUACCCAUUUGGACGAAAAUCAAAACCUCUUGCUACGUUAUUAGGCAAAGUCUACGUUAAACUACAAACCGCGCUUCAGGAAGACGUAUUCAUUCCAAUGGCGACCAAGGAAGUCGUGGACAAUCCUUUAAGCCCAGCAAGCCAAUUUUUCCAUCGACAGUUUUGGAAUGCGGUGAAACUGCUGCAAAAUAUUCUGUCCUGGCACGGAAUUAUAUCUGAGAAGCCUUUAAAAGAACUUGCUAUUAUGGGACUGCUCAAUAGAUACCUUUUAUUUGCGUUGCAGUGUACGUUACUGCAUAAAGACGCAGCAGAAAGAGCAGAAACGGUAGGUUCAAUGCUACCAACGGCCUGGCUGCGACUCGAAGCACCCGGAAAGCCUCCAGAGUUACAGAUGUGGGCUCAAUAUUUGCAGGGACUCAUUAGGCAACUUAGGAGCGACUAUGCGCCUGACACAAAAAUUCAGUCGAUCACGAGACUUCACGACAGUUGUAGUAAUGUGCCGUAUAGUGAUGUGAUUCUAAAGAAGAAGUAGGUUAUCAUGUAAUAUACUUU